UCAAGGUGUCCCAGAGCUGUUACACACAAUGACAAGGAUGGGCCACUGUCUCAUCUUCGUGCUGACUUUUGCUUGCGGUGUCACGCUCGUGAGCAGCAUCGCCACCCAGUUUGACGAGCUGAUUCGGCUGACCACCUUCACUCACAAUCUGGCCAACUUCAGCAACUACGGAUGCCACUGUGGGCCAGGGACACAAGGGGUGCCCGUGGACCCAAUCGACAAGUGCUGCCAUGGCCAUGACUGCUGCUAUAACAAGGCCCAGAUGUUUGGCUGCACUCCAGACACUCACCGCUACCGGUUCUAUGCAAACGGGGACAAGAUCAAAUGCGUGAAAUCACGGGAUCAGUGCGAGAAGAUGGUAUGUGAAUGUGACCAGAAGGCGGCCAGCUGCUUCCGCAAGCAUCUCUUCUCCUACAACCCGAUGUUUCAGAACCACCCCACUAUGAGGUGCAGGGGACCCCGACCUUUCUGCUAGGGACGUGCCCCCUCCGAACAGCAAAGGGAUGAUCAGAAAAGGGGCCUCCCUGUGUAUCUCAGUGCUCUGUGUCUCCCUGGUGCUCCUGCAGCUCCUUAUAAUCCAUGAAAACUGUAAGCAGGUGUCUGGUUAGUGAGACACUCAUAGGAAAUGCAGAGCUUAACCUUUCCAUUAGGAGAAACCACAUGUCAGGCCUGCCUAAUAAACUGCUCUGUUACUAA